AUGAUAAAGGAGGAAGCUGAUGGGAUUUUGAAGCAAAGGAAUAACAAGCUAGAAGAGUUGCUUCAUCUCGCAGCUGAUCCUUUGCUUACUGAUAUAUCUAGUCAUAAGUCUAGAGUGAGCGAAUUCUUGAAUGAUAAUGAUAUUACAAAGGAGAAAACAUUUGUAGUUUCAUCGUUGCCAGGGGUAUCGGGGAGCGGAAGUUUUGCGGAAGCUAUGCUGCAAUCUGUUUCCAGGAGCAUUUAUAAAGUCGAGGAGACUAAGGAACGCACGGAAGACACCAGUAGUGAACAAGGAUUGAAAAGAAGGGCUACGUCGGUUACAGACGAAAGAAAGCUUAAAGUUUCGAGACACAGUUCUUCACAAUUGAGUGAUUCACGGUCGGCCAGUAUUCCUAAAUCGACAUUGGAAAUCACGAAACCAGUAGCCGUCGCUCCAGCAGUUGAAUCGCAACAAGAAAAUAUCCAUAUUGAAACAAGGGAUUUCCUAGAUAGGGAUAUUAGUGAAUUAGAGAUCUUGUCAGUUCCCGAGCACUAUCCAACGAAACUUCCAAAUGUGUCAUCUUUGGCGGAACUAUAUUAUCUCACCCAGACUUUACCGUUGAUCAAAUUGUUGCCAGGAAGCCAUAAGACAUUAAUAACUGAAAAUUACGAGCUUGCUUUACUUGAGGGAAAGAUUGCAGUAUUAUAUUCAAGAAUUGAAGAAUUAAAGAGGCAGGGUAAAUGGUCAUUAAGACAGCCCAAGAGAUAUUAUGAUCCGUAUAUUUAUGCUAAGGGCAACAACGAAAAGAAAACUUUCCAUGGUGAUAGUCUUUUGGAAGAAGGAAAAUGGAUGGCAGCUGAUUUUAAAGAAGGCUUGAAAUACAAAAAGGCUUGUUGUGUCGCUAUGGCACAGGCUGUUAAUGAUUAUUGGACGUAUGGUAAAGUGAUGUGCAUUCGCAGGAAGAGAAUAUGGCAUAUAGGCGAGAAAAGGGAAGAGGAAGAAAUACAACUUGAAAAUAAUCCGAUUGAAGGUUCCGAUUCUAUGGCUGUUGAUGAUAUAAAGGCAGAUAAUGAAGGCGCUCCUUCGGAACUUGUAGAUAACGAGCUGCAGAAUACAACAGCAGUGGGCGAUGAUAAAGUAUCUCUUGAACCAAUGUUAGACAAUCAGCAGCCACAGCCUGAAGAAGAAGAAGAAGAUAUUAAUUCAAAAGAAGUAGCAGAUAUUAAGGUAGUAGAAGAUUCGUCUCUGGAUAAACUGGUAGAUGAAAUGAGCACCUCAGAAAAACCAGAAGAAGAAGUAGAACUUUCUUCCAUUGAUGUGAAGUUGCUUUUAUCUAGACCUAAACCAGAGGAUGAGAUUGUUCCACCUAGCCUACCAACAUUCACGGAGAAUGAUUUGAAGGAAAUGGGGCGCGAUUCAAAAGACUCUGCUCCGUUCAAGUUGCAUGCAAAUCUUAAUGAUUUAAAGAAAAUUGACCAAUCCAUUAUUAAGAAUUUGCCAAAAUUUACUGCUUUUGAUAAUGAAGACAGCAAUAUGCCUGCACCAGCAUUAAAACCUGUAGACUCACCAAUGAUAGCAGUUUCAAGACUCUUGCAUCCAUUUGAAGAAGAUGACGAGUGGUAUAAAAUAGUCCUUAAAGAGGGAGAUAGCCAUAAAUCGAAAUCCAGUGUUUCCAAUGGCCCUCCAGAAUACCAAAAGGGUCUUUUUGGAUUCCAAUCUCACCGUCGUUUCAAUUAUUUGAAGCCUCCAAAGCCUCCAUUAAUUAAAAAUAUUGAAUUUAGAUCUCCUACGAUUUGGUUACCACAAGAUGACAAAUAUUUAAUUCAUUAUGUUGCAGAAUUCUGCUUUAACUGGGAUUUAAUUUCUGAACACUUACUGCCAUCAGCUGCUACACUUAGAAAAUAUGAAUCAAACAUUGAAAGAAGAACUCCAUGGCAAUGCUUUGAGAGAUACAUUCAAUUAAACGAGAAGUUUCAAUUCUCUGAUAUGAAGGGUAUUUAUUCAUACCAGGCUCAACUGUGGUUAGAACAUGCACAUAGAGCUCAACUGACUACGAAAAGAAGAAUUUCACCAUUAGGUGUUGGUAACGAAUCUAUUCAAAGAGGGCAUAGAAGAUUACGUUGGGCCUCAUUAUUUGAUGCUAUGAGAAAAAGCAUGAAAAAGAGGGAAGAUGCUAUAGCUAAAUUGAAUCAUAGAAGAACACCUGUCGACUACAGCGCUAAUAGUACUAACAACACUAAUGGAAAUUCUCCUGAAGCAUCCAAUAAUGGCACUCCAGGACCAAAUAAUGGAAAGCGUCCAAUGGACCGUGUACCAACCCCAGCUGAGCUUUCAAAGUUAAAGUUUGAGAGAGAUAAAUCAAUCCAAGAAGCAUACUUGAACCAACAGGCUACCAGAUCUAGAAUGAUAGCUGCUGUUGCGCAACAACAAAAGCAACAACAGAACAUAAAUAACCAAGGAAGCGUGGGCCGUCCAGCAUCUCAAGGACCAGGACCGGGACCAGCCGCCAAUGUUCCACCACAACAACGAGGUCAAAUUGGUGUGCCAGGUGCUUCCCCAAAUAACCCAGCAGGAUCCCUUGGUAAUCAAGUUCUUUCGCUGCAACAACCGCCUCAGGUGGCACAAGGUGGUAUGACUAAGAGACCAACCACACCUAAUGGAACUGCAUACACAGCAGAACAAAUACAACAGCUAUUACAAAUUCAAAAACAAAGAAGGCUUAUGCAACAGCAAAAUCAACCUGGAAAGACAGGAAUUAACCCAAGUCAACCAAACAGUCCUGCAUUAAUUCAAAACAUGCCGCUCAGUUCUACUAAAACAACAGUAGGCGCAGGCAAUAUGCCUUUGUCUGGAAUGCCUAAUCAGGCCCAGCAAGUGCCGAUGCAGCAGCAAGGUCAAAAACAACAACUAGGGCCCGGUCAACGCCAACAAGUCCCUGUAUCACAACCAUCACAAGGACAAGGCUCGUCCACGGGAGUACCAGCAAAUAAAUCCCGGAUACAUUUUGCCCCUGCUCAAGUAUCAGCAAUCAUCAACUCCAUUCAAACUAAAAACCCAAAUUUGACUAAAGAACAGGUCACAAAAUUGGCGGCGACUUAUUUGGCAAACAUCCAACAGCAGCAGCAAAAUAGAGCAAACCAGCAACAACUGCAACCACAACUACAAAAUCUGGGAACAAUAGGCCAAGGCCCACCAACUCAUAGGCCCGGCCAAAUUCAAUCCCCCUCCAACCAGAAAAAGCCUCAGGUAGCUACGUUGACUCCACAGGAAAGAAAUCAAUUACAAAUGUUGAAGGCUGCAAAAACUGCCCAGCAACAACAGCUUCAACAUCAGCAACAGCAGCAACGUAGGUCAGGAUCACCGAUGGUACCAAACGCACCCCUUGACCCCAACAACAUGGCAAAAUUAGAAUAUGAGCAAAGAAAGAAUUUACUCAUUCAGAAGCAUCAACAACAACAAAGAUUAGGCAAUAAUGCAAAUAUACCGGGCCAGUCUACGCCAAACUUAGCUUCUAUGCCACCUUCCUCAGCUUCUUCACCGUCAUCUUCGACUAGUGGUCCUGCCUCAAAUUUACCAAACUCGAACAAAAACAUUCCUAAGAAGUAG